UCUUGAAGGCCCCGCCAAACAACAUGGAGCAUCGCGCCGCCUCAGCUCCCGGCACCUCGGCGUGCCGCUCGGCUCACUCGUCCGCCCUGGACGCGUUUCUUAUACUCCAGGAGGAGAUCGACACGUACGAGGCGGACAUGGCGCCCAGGGGCGGGCGACUUAAAGUCUUCUUUUCUCUGGUGAUCGGGGCGCUCCGCGCGGCGGUGCAGCAGUUCGCUGAGCUCGCGGAUCGGCGUUUCGCGGAGCUGCGGCUCGAAAUGUCCGCCAAAGAGGAAGAGAUCGCGCGGCUGAGACUGCAGCUGGAGCGGAGUUACACGGCGUCUGCGGCCACGCCGGGCUUCGGCAGACUCGGAGCCGCGCGAGGUGUGGACGAGGCUUUGACCUGCAGUGACAUGCUGGGCCUUCCAGAGGCGAAUGGGCCUGCCCGGGUGACUGCUGCCCAGGCCGAGGUCUCCUUGUACAAGAGUACUUGGAGUGAGAAGAAGAGCAAGGAGGAUGGUGGUGCCCAGGUGAAGCUCGAGAAAUGGCAGCAGGAUGUUGUCAUUAAAACUGAACCAGCGGACUUGUGGGCGACCAAUGCCCUGGCAGACUCUGCACCUGAGUGUGGCACACACAUCCAGCUCGUCUCUGAUCAAAGGCCCAGACUGCAAUCGGCAGAAGUUUGGUGUCUGCUGGUGCAGGCCAAGCAGUUGGAGGACGAGCGGGCACCAAACGGCAUUAACCACGAAUCAGAUGUGCCACCAGUGCUCCAGCAGCCUGCGGAGGGUGCCAGAGACGCACAGACGUUUGAGGCUUCCCUCUUCCAGACGCUCUCUGAAAACCAGUGCCAGCAUCUGCCUGAGGAGCCAUUGCUCUGGGCCACGCAAGGUGGCGGUGACAUGUCUUCGCGGUGCCCACCCGUGGAUGUGGACACAAAUCCGCGGCACACCCAGGCCCCAACUACUGCCCCGGGAAGGAGACUGACGUGGAGGCAGAAGCAGCUGCGCGACCAGAGGAGCCGUGCCUGGCAGAAAUGCAGGACUGGCAGGAGGUUUCGCUGUAGGGGCGCCCAGCAGGCACACGAGGCCAGUCACGCAGGGGAAAAGCCGCACUGCUGCAGUGAGUGUGGCAAGACUUUCAAACGCAAAAGCAACCUGCUGCAGCACCAGGAGAUCCACACUGGAGAAAAGCCGCACCGCUGUGGUGAGUGUGGCAGGACGUUCACACGGAAGAGCAACCUGCAGAUCCACCUGAUGAGCCACAGCGGGCACAAGCCGUACUGCUGCAUGCUGUGUGGGAAUAGCUUCACGCGUAAAAGAGGCCUGCAGAACCACCAGAAAGUGCACAGCGUGACUUGAGCGGGCACCCAAGAAAAGAGGACC